AUGGACGUCACAUUGCUGCUGAAUCAGUCGGCCGGCUUGGCCGGUUGCAAGGAGGCUAGCAGAGAGUCGACGCCGUCCUAUGCCGUCGGGGGUCCAUCCACAGCACCGUCGACGGCGCUCCCGACUCCAUCACCUGACAGGUCCUUUCCCCAGCGCGAAGGCGAGACGAGACAGAGCAGAAGCCGCACACCAUGGAGUGCGGGCGGGUAUUCACUGCCGCUGCAUUCCGACACCAAGUUCCGCUCAGCGUCGACCUUUUCUUUUCGCUCGGCCAGUGAGCAGGUCGACUCGGACGCUUCGUACCAAACGACAACCGGUGCGGACAUGCACUCGAGGACCGGCUCCAUAGAUUCGGACAUGACGUCCUCGCAGGAACCUAGCUCUGUAGCCCGGCCGCUGCCUACCCGGGCCCCGUCUUGGGACGAGCGCCGUGCCGUGGACGGCGAGCCGUCGAUUCCUCCCAGGCACAAGUUCUCGGACAGCCACAGCAGUCUUUCAUCUUACGGAUCAUGGCAGUCCAGGUCCCAUUCGCGAAUCUCGUCCGUGACGACGAUCAGCGGAAGUCACAUCGGGGGCCUGUCACUGGCCGAGUUGCCCAUUCUCGAGUCCAAGGAUGCCGAGCGCGACGACUUGAAACCGAACGCCCCUUACGGAGACGAGCAGUCCAGGUUCCCGGCCGUGGCGAAGCACCAGCCGCCCGCACUUGUCCUCGACACGGCGCAACUCGAGCGCCCAGGAAGCCCCUCGGAUGCCGUCUUGAACAUGAAGGGGCUCGCCCGAGCUCAGCAGAACCCGGAUGGUCCACGUCAUUCACAAAAGCCCCGAAUUUCCGCCUUUCAGUCGAGCCACUCAUCUGUUUUCCUCUCCGAAGCUGCACAAAAGGGCGAUUUCGGCUCCCGACUUCGCAUCGGUCCCAUGGCCGUCUCUGCAACCAGCCCCUCCGGGGCAAGACGUGUGUCCGCCGCCGGCCCCGCCGCCGCUCGUGAUAGACGGGAACUGGCGGACCUGCGAGAGAGCGAUUCGGACCCACGAGACCGCAAGCCCUCGGUUGUCCAGACCACGUCAGGCAGGAUGAACUCGUCGCCAGAUCUCGCGUCUCAGGCGCCCAUGCAGACGCUCCCGGCCGACGACAAGAUCAAGGCCUUGAAAGGCGAGGACGGAGAGCCCCGUUGCAUGUUCGUCGCCAACUGCGACACCGGCUCCCAGCUGCGCAAGGCCAUUUCCCACUUGUUCGGCCGCAACAAGUCCUGCACCCUCAAGAUCCCCAAGGAAGUGUGGGUGUACUACUGUCGCAAGCAUUACCAGAGGAUCCGGUACCGCAACGCCAGGACGUAUCCAAGCAACCAGAUGGAGCUGGUCAAGGUGCAGAUUCGCCGCCUGCAGACCUGGAGCGAGAGCAACCAGGCCAAGGGCGAGGCUCCCUACAUCAAGCAGUGGACCCUGUCUCUCCGCAAGCGCGAGCAGAACCGGCUCGAGAACGGAAAGGCAACCGCCGACGAGGGCGACGAGGACCAGGCGGCCGCCCAGGGUGGCAGCGUCGUCCCGGACUGGAUCAUUCAGCUCGUCGGCGACGGCUAUACGACCGAAAAGAUGCUCGAAAUCGCCGAACGUCUCCACAAAGACAUUGCCGAGGGCCUGCUGAGCCAGGUCCCGGAGAUUGAGUUUCUGCCGGACAUUGUCGACGACGACGAGGGAGCCUCGGCGAAGCCCGCCAGGACCCGUAGGCAGAACAGCUCCAACGGUGGCUCCAAGACGCCCAAGAGGAAGGCGGCCGAUUUCGGCACCAUGUCGAGACAAAACUCGCUCACCGGCGAGGGCGCCUCCCCGGAGCACGCGGCCGACGAGGACGAGGCCAUCUCUGGACUCGUGAGUCCCUUUGGAAAGCGCGCGCGAAUCGACCGCAUGAGCGACGCGCACGCCUCGUCCUCGGACGUCGCCCUCGCGCGCCCCAUGCCCGGCUACGCGGCUCCGACUUACAACGACGGUCGCUGGGGGAGCUCUGUCCCGCCGCGUGCUCCCAAGGUGGUGCCCACGAUCCGGCCGCUCGAGUACAACAUGAGCCGCGGGCAGCAGCGAGAGCCCGACCAUGCGGGCCGGACUCACUUCCGCGGCUUCCAUUCCAUGGGCGGCGGCCACGUCAACGCGGCCUUCUACGCCGAUCCCCGGUUGACCCUGCCCUCCAUCGGCGCCCAGAUGUCGGCGGGCGCCAACGCGCACCAGGCCCCCAUGGCGCAUCCGGUGUCCGGCACCAGAGCCGGCCGCCACGGAGGGUCUCGGGCGUCGCACCAGCGGUCGGCCAGUGCCUUUACCCUGGCGACCCGGCCCAUGCCAGCAUCGACGCGUCCCUCCAGCUCGGGGAACAGUGCCCAAGCCGCGCUCUCGGUUGGCGUCGGCAUGUAUGAGCUGGGCUCGCACAACUCGCAGAGUUUCCAUGGCAGUCACAUGGCCGGCCAGCCGUACCACGAAGAGGCGGGCUGGGCCACCAACUACACCCCGGCCUACGGUCCGCAGCGACACGUCUUCCACCACCCGGCCAUGUACGGCCCUGCUCACUGUCAAGACACGGUGAGCCCGCGUUCAGGCGCCUCCUCUUCGUACGGCCUGUCCGGAGCGUCGCCCACCUUUCACGAGGCUGGCAGCGGUGUCUAA